GCGGGCCGGGCGGGCGGGCCGGGCUGGAGCGCUCCCCGCCGCGCAGACACACGUGCGCCGGGGCUGGGGCGCAUGGACGGCGGCGCCUAGAGCCAUGGCCGAGCUGAAGUCGCUGGGCGGCGAGGCGUACCUGGCGCUGGCGCAGAGCUACGGCCAGUCCGCCUUCGCCUACGGCGCGGAGGGCCCGCGGGGCUACGCGGGCGCGGGCGGCGGGGACUUCGCGGGCAAGGCGGCGGAGAGCAGCGGCGAGCAGAGCGGCGAGGAGGAGGACGCCUUCGAGGCGGCGGCCAAGGGCGGCAAGCUGAAGGCGGGCGGGCUGGGCAAGAAGCCCAAGGAGCAGCGCUCGCUGCGGCUCAGCAUCAACGCGCGCGAGCGGCGCAGGAUGCACGACCUGAACGAUGCGCUGGACGGGCUGCGCUCCGUCAUCCCCUACGCGCACAGCCCCUCCGUGCGCAAGCUCUCCAAGAUCGCCACGCUGCUGCUGGCCAAGAACUACAUCCUCAUGCAGGCGCAGGCCCUGGAGGAGAUGCGGCGCCUGGUCGCCUACCUGAACCAGGGGCAGGCGCUGGGCGCCCCCCUGGCCCCCUUCGGACAGUCCGCCGUCUACCCCUUCGCCGGCUCCGCCGUGCCCGGCUGCCCCGACAAGUGCGGCGCCUUCGCGGGGGCCUCCGCGCUCUGCAAACACUGUAGCGAUAAGCCCUGACUGCCCUGCCCUGCCCUGCCCGGUCCAUCCCCUCCGCCGGCUCUGCUUCCCCCUCCAGCCCUCUCCCCCUCCGGAUGACUCUUCUCUUCUCUUUCUUUGCACCACCGUCCCGGUUUAACUUCACCUGCGGACCACCAUCCUGUUUUCACUUCGCCCUGGCUUGAUGCCGCCCCGCUCUCUCGCUUCCCUGGCCCACCGGUUUGAUGGAUUUCACCUUGACCGCAGCUCUGGUCGCGGAGCAGGAUAAGCCAAGGUUUAAAGCGGAGAUGGUGUCUCAAAACCAUGCGACUGUCCCCGAAUGCAAAAAUUAAGAUGCAAAGGGGAGGUUGGAGGGGUUUGUCCGUAGGGAAAAUUGAGAGCACUUUUCUACGGGUUUGCAGGGUGGCAGGGAGGGAGAGGGUGCUGGUAAAACUGUGGAUGCUUCUAAAUGAGAUUUUCCUCUUUUCUUUUUUCCUUUUUUUUUAAGUUAAGGACCCACUAUUGGACUGACAUAAGUAUUUGAUUGUACACUGUUGCCUGCUUUUUUGCCUGUUUCUCAACUUGAGUUUUUUCCAGAUGAUUUUCCAAAGUCAUGACUCACCAGGGCAAACAAAAACGAAAGAGAAAGUUGCUCGACAUAUUUCUAUGUAUUUAUAACUGAAUAAAAGACAUGAAUAAUAAUUUUUUUUUUUUUUUUUUUUUUUUGCUCUGUCCUACAUCUCUCUGAGCUCUUAGGAAAAUGCACAAGGGCAGUAAAGGGUGUGGGAAGCCGCUUGUUAGCAUCCUCCGGAGAGGCUUAGACUGGUGGGGGAGUUAGGUAGAGUUGCUUCCAAGUCUGCAAGGUCAAUCCAUCUAUCAUUCUGGCUUGUCACAUACAUCUUGAUUUUGAAAACGGUGGCUUCCUCGUGUCAUUUGGAGUGAAGCUGGGGACAGGACGGUUUUCAUUCUUGGCUUUCCAUAGCUGACUGCAGCGCAUCAAAACUUCAGCUGUAUUAAAAAUUGUGGGGGUGGGUGGGUAGCUUUUGGCAGUGGGUAGAUUAAACUAAGUAAAGCCUGGCAGGGAAGGAGAUAGCUGCUCUCUUUGCUUUGUUUUCUACGGUGUAUCCGCAACCUGAUCCCACAAUUUUGUGCAGUGCUCGAGCCAUCAAGUUCUCUCUAAAAUCAUCAAGCAUUGACAGACGCACAUCGGUCCAAGUUACCAAGUGAUCUCUUAGGUAGUGCCUAAGGUAGUCUUGGCUUUAUUCUUUUUCUUGUCUUUUCUUUUCUUUUCUUUUUUUUUCAAAUGCUUUGGUGCCUUGUCUGCUUCACUGCUCAUUAGAUAAUAAUAAUUGAGAUGCGUUCUGUGAUUUGUGUUCAGAUAGGAAUAUUCGCCACCCAAUGUCAGAGCUACCACGUAAACUGGUACAGCAGCAGCCCGAGGGGCUAGACCUGUCUCUGGCCAUUUGUGUUAAAAAUAGGGUGUAACUAUUUAGGGUUAUUAAACCAAUUUCCAUGCCUGUCGCUAGUGUUAUGCUAAUUUGAAGAGGACUGCAGCCCCUUCAAAUCUGCUUGCCUGUAGUAUUUAAUUUUAAUUAAUACAUUUCCAAAAGACUUUUUGUGUUUGCAAAAUGAAGUGUGUGAUUAAACCUCCUUCAUAAAGACAUAUGCUUUAAACCUAGUUUCGACUCAUUUCCAUUUUCAUUUCUUCAUUUUCCUCUUUUUUUUUUUUCCUCUUCUUCAGAGGCCUGGUUUAUCUGCUGUACAUGUUUUACAGAAAGAACGAGUCUCAAAAGUAUUCUUGGAAUACGUCUGACAAAAUUGAAGGCAGGAAAAGCCACUACAGAAGCAAAAGUAACUGGAAAAUGCAAAUCAGCAAAGAUCAUUUUAAAUUCUGCAGGCUGAAACAGUGCCAGAAAUUAUUUUGAACAAAGGUUCAAUUUAACACUAAAUCGUGAUCUUACGAUAAACAUUUAUUAAUUCUGGCUGAAAGCACUGGAAAUGGAGUCAUUGGGGUUAUUUAAAUGUUGAAUACUUUAAUUGUUCUGUUUCCACUCGCAUGAAAAUGGUUGCAGAAUAAAGUAUUUAAGGGUUUAAUAUGAAAAACAAGUUUGUUGGAUUGAAUCGGAGGCCUUUAUUGGUGACACUGGGGUUUAUAAUUGCUUAUUUUACAGAUAAUUAUGACAGCAAUGAGUGACUGGUUAGAUAAAUACAGAGCAUGAGGAAGUCUCCAAUGGUAUUAAAUCUAAGUUGUAUUUUGGAAACAUGCCUUUUAAUAUAACUGCAUUAUCUAACUUUUUUUCUCUGAGUUUUCCAUUAAAAAAUGUUUGUCCUUCCAUGUCCAUCCUCAGACUACACCUUCAUGUUCGGAGGCUUCUUGAAAUAUCCAGAGGGCUGCGCUGAGAACAGGUUUUAAAUGAGUUGUGUUCAUGCCCAAAAAGGGAACCGUAGAAUUUCAAACACUUGUGGUGAAGGAAAUUUUAUGUAGGGUAUAUACACUUGGUUGAAGAAUCAUCUGAGUAUUUUUACAAUCCUGAAUAUUACAAACCAUUGUAAAAUUCCCCACAUUUCUGCUAGAUAACCCAUAAAAUGUUACUAAAAGUACACGAGAAACUCAACUUCCAAGAUUAAGUGUGCCUAUCUAUAACCCUUUUCUCCCAGACACUCAGCAACAGAAUAACGCUGAUCUAAGUUAACCGGAGCUAUUCACUGGGGCUAGGCACUGGGGUUAGUUGUUUCCAGCUAAGAGGGAGCAUUACCGAAACUUUUAUAUUACCAAACAGCUGGAAACACGUUUUGCGAACUCUUCUUUUUUCUUAACCAAAAAAGUGUCCCUUUGGGUUGCCUUUAUUUCUUAUAUUGGUACUGCCACUAAAAUCUGGAUGAACGUAAUACUGUAUGAAAGAAGCAGAUUUCUGUCCUCACUUGCCUCAGAAUAGCAAAUGCUAGAAUACUGCAUUUAUAAUAUUGUAUAUAAUAUUGCAUUAUAAUAUUGUGUAUAAUAGUCUGUUUAACCCCGAAGAUGCAUGGACAGUAUCCACGUCGGCCGACUUCCCUCUCUCAUCAUUGGGGGGGGGAAAAAUAGAAUUUGAACUAUUUCAUGAUCCACAUGAGAAUAUAAACUGCUGCUUUUAGCAAUUGUUUUGGGAGUUGUAAAACAAGGACUUCAAUAUUUGUAGUGGGUUUUUUUUCUAUUACAAUACUCUGGUCCUUUUAUCUGGCCUUGCCUUUUUUAAUAGCACUUUGACUCUGCUCAAAAGGUAUUGCAAUGCAGUUUCCGUGUCUUAAUUACCAUUGUCUUUCUACUUGAUUUCAUAGCAAACACCAGUUUAAAAGACAUGAUAUUGGUUUUUAACCUUGUUACUUUUUUCCAAACUUUUAAGAUUGGACUGAGUGAAAUACCUUUAGAAAGACAAAGCAAAGAGGGAGACAGUCCUCACAUGCCUAUCACUUGGAAGAUGUCAUUCUAGCCACUGAUCAAAACUACUGCUUUUCUAAUCAAUGUAAUCGUAUUAACAGUGUGUAGGAAACAGUUGUGCAUUUGCAUUGCUAAUGUCAAAUCUCUGCUGAUGCAUUUUGCAGCUUGCAAGAUAAAACUUGAUUAACCAAAUACAGGAAAGCAACAGGUUUGAAGAUGGCGAGUUCAGAAUACUGCAGCCCCCUUGUAGUAUCUUUUUGCUGAGACUAUCAAUUACAACUUACCGAAUGUAGCGAAGGUAAGCCAAGUUCAGAUGCAACAUCUGGGUUUCGGUGAUGCCCAAUUACUUUUUACUUCAUUUUCCUGCUGCAUUUGCUUAAGGCAUAAGAAGAUCAAGGAAGUUGCCCCGGCCACACGCUGACAGUGAAUGACUGGCUCGUCGGAUUUGUUCCCUGGUUCCUUUUUGGAUUGCAGCUGUUUUCUAGAAGCAACACGUUGCACUGCUCUGCUGGUCACAUUGGCACUGACAUGCAUUUUCGGGGGGCAAAAUCCUUGGGCAGCAUGCAGCCUCCCUUGAAGUGCUGUGCCACCCAUUUCAAAGCAAGGUCCCCUUUGCAGCAGGCAUCCUCUGGGGAAGAGGCAGGGCUGGGUCAAGGUUAUUUCCCAGGAACCUCCUAAUAAUACAGCAACCUCUUGCAACCCUGAGGCUACUCCAGCUCACACAGAGAACCAGUCAGUUCAGCUGGCCCCUUAUCAGAGGAACAGAAAGUGAUUUAAAGCUCAUCUCUGUUCUCUUCUCCUGGUACGGCACUGAGCAUGGCUGUGCUACACCAGAGAAUCAGAGCUUGCUUGUAAGCUGCCUUUCCGUAAAGUGUGUCUGGUCAAAAUGCAUCUUUGUAUUUGGUUCUGAGUUCAGUUUGAUCUCCAUCACUUCUUCAAAUGAAGAAGGUGGCCACAAAGGCUCCAAGCUAGGUGCUAACUCCAAAUACAGAAAGCCACUGUUUUAAAUCCGGUGUCAUCAGUGAGUCCCUUUCCCAUCUUUGGUACAGAUGUGGCUACUGCCCCAGAAAGACGAGUUCCUGAAGCCAACGACCCUCCAAAAAUAAAUGGGGCCAUGCAGGGAGCAGGUGCUAUUACUGACUGAUCUGCAGUUGUCUCGUGUUGUUCUCCUCCUUGAAAUCCCUUAAUAUUCUCCUUAUGAUAGGAAUCCUUUUUUUGUAUUCCUAUUCCUAGUAUGACUGUCACUUGGUUUCUACCGAAUCCUUUUGUUUUUCUUUGUUUUAUCCCAUGGUAUUUUAAUUUAUUUAUGGACCUCCCUUCCCAACUCUACACCCAUCAACAAGUUUCCAGUCCAUGUGUCCUCACCACCUUUUGUACCACUUGUACACCAAUAUUGUUCAAUGAUUUUACAGCGUGUGAGAAGACACUCAGUCAUGUAAUAGUCACCUUUCAGGACCUGCAUUUCUCUGGUGGCUACAGUUGUCUUUCAGCAUUUCUUUACUGGCUGUGCUUUCAUACUCCCACCCGCCCCAGAGAUUCUUGUGCAACCCCAUUGAUGGCAAGGGGACAUUUCACAAAGCAAAAUUACAUCUUGACCUUUAAGGUUUUUUAUCUCUGUAAGCAAGAAUUAAUAUAUAUAGUUAUUAUUUAAAGAUUUUGUGUAUGUGUGAGUGUACGUGUGUGUGUAUAUAUAAUAUAUGUGUGUAUGUAUGUAUGUAAUUUUAAAUAAAAACUAUAUCUUAAUUAUAUAUAUAU